UAUUUGUCUUAAAGAUAAACUGAAUUAUCUAGAAAUUAAUUUCUGGAGUUUGGAACAGCUCCUAGGCCUCAUUUAACUGGCAAAGGUUUGGUAAGAAAUGCUCUUUUUUGUUACCCCACCUUUUGAAAGACAGGAUCAGAAAAAUCUUUCAGCCUUUUUUAUCAAUAUGGUGCAACCCUGGAUUAACAAUGUCGCUCGGUCCAGAAAAUUGUUUUUAUCACAUCCGAUGUUCACUCCGUAGGUAUACGUGACAAACCACAGUCAUUGUUUGUUAAUAUUUACUUCGUACCAUGACACAUAACAGAAUAAAGGGAAGUGAUAUUAGGAUAACCUCUGAACGCGACCAAGCAUCGUGUUGAAGUGGAACAAUAUUUUUUCUUGUGAGGGAGAACACCAUAAUAUGCAAGAUAGUAUGUAGAAAAGUACUGAGGAACAAUUAAUUACUGAAUAAUACAAAAGAAAAUAAGAAUUAGUAAUAGAAAAAACAAGAAAGGUUUUUUUUUUUACUAACAACGAAUGUUUUUAACAAGGAAACGAUUGGUCCCUUUUAUCUGAAAGCUAUGUCGUAUCUGAAUUAGUUAUACCAGGACUACAACAUUUAAUUCAAUUUAAAUUACUUUAUCUUUUGCGUUUUCGAAGAACAAAUAUAUAAUCAAAUGCUCAUUUCCGUGAUCAUCCUUGUAUUUAAUAAAAAAAAGAUAGAGCAAGGACCAGGAGUAAGUCAAUCAACACACUUACAAUUCUCAAUUCACGUCACCCGGCAGACUAAUAACGUUUGUCACUUGAAAGUUAAAAUAAUCUUUUUUCAUUUACGGCACGUUCAGCAAUAUUUCAAAAUCAUUUACAUAAAAUUUAGAUUUGAUAUAAUUCAACUGAAUUGAAACUUCCAGGGUUAUUAAUGUUGGUUAGCUUUGAUUGGUUGAAAUAGAUUAUUGAAACAAUAUUGCUGCCGGAUAUACAAUUCUUCCAUUUCUCGAAUUCGUUGAGACAUCACGUAUAAAAGUUUAGAAUUCACCUCUGCGCGUUUUCCACAGCUUUCCUAUACACCCAGCUUGCUACGUCCCAAUUUACUCACGAGGAAGUGAUGCACAUGGUGUACAAUCGAGAUUUAAGCCAAAGAUUGGUCUUUGCAGCCGUUGCCAUCUUCUCUUUCACAGGAAAUCUCUUCUUCGUUGUGCUUAUUGUACGCAAUAGAAAACUGAUGAAAAACGCGUAUCAUGUUAUCCUACUUAGCUUGGCUAUUACUGAUAUGAUGACAGGAAUUUUUCUUCUCUUAACACCUAUUUACAUCAUUGGGGAACAACCAGCGUUUACAGGCGAAAACUUUGGCUCUGCAAUCUUUUGCUACGUCAUAGCAAAUCAAUUUCUUGUUUUCACGUUUGGAAUUGUUUCCUUGUAUACUGUCACGCUUCUUGCUGUGGAACGUUGGUUUGCUGUUUUUCGUCCCUUGGGGUAUCGAACAUCAUUUAGAGCACAAAAAGUGCAGAAGUAUCUGUUAACCGUCUGGGUUAGUUCCUUUGUUGUGAACAGUACGCAUAUCGUAGAGACCAAGUAUACCCUUCACGGUGACAACACGACAAGACGGUGUACAUUCCACCCUAGAGUGGCCGGUAUGGAAGCUAGGGCUGCAAUAGGAGUUGUAGAGAUUUGUAUGAAGUUUUUGAUACCAGCCACAAUUCUCCUGGUCUCGUUUACCCGUCUUUAUCGUUUCAUGAAAGAUUCAGCUGUCCUUUCAACAACUCGUCGGAGUAGUUAUCUUGCACUCACUCGAGUCACACACAUGGCUGCCAUAACAUCGUUGGUGAUGCUACUUUGUUGGUUUCCAAACCAACUUUUCUAUUUACUAUUCAAACUCGAUGUUGUGCUACUGAACACCCCAUGGCACAGAGCAACAGUUAUCUUGUGUAUGUUUAACUCGUGCUUGAAUCCUUGCAUAUUUCUGUUAAGCAACAAAAUCUACAGAAAAAAGGCAAAAGAACUGCUUCCAGUUUGUAGAGGAUUAAUGAAGAGAGAUGAGAUAUCACUGACAGAAUCAAAGCAAGUAAUUCAGUCAGCAGUAUGCGUCAAAUUUAUCAAAGGAAACUAUCUGGAAGAGGAAAACGUGGAGAUAUUCCAACAUGUGCUGGACACUUCAUUGGCUACGCACAGUCAUGAACAAUUUAUAUAGUUCGUUCUUAAAGCGUGCGAGCCCAAACAUACGCUAAAUACAAUGCCCUACUACAAUAUGUAUAUUCUUCGCUCUUAAUAAAGCUUGCGAGCCCAAACACACACUAAAUACAACUUAUAUUCUUAAUUCGUUAUUAAAGCGAGCCCAAACACACGCUAGAUACAAUUUAUAUUCUUCGGCUAAUGCCAUUUGUGUUUGCAUAAACCGUGCGAUCCCAAAAGCGCUAAAUGAAUGCAAUAUGUAUAUUCUUCGUUCUUAAAGUGUGCUAGCCCAAACACACGCUAAAUACAAUGUAUAUCCUUCGUUC